UAACAUUAUACAAGAAAGGAUCUUGAACCUGGUUUUGCAUUGGUUAGCCUGCCAUUGUAAUAACUUACAGUUUGUCUGUAAUAUUUAUGUUACUUAUUAAUGAUUUUACUAGUUGCUCAUUGACAAAAAUUUGCAUAAUGAGCCAGUCAGGUGAGCUGGACCCUGAUAUACCAGACCGUGAAACAUGCCAGAAGUUGACAGAGCAGUUUGCAGAGGUAACAGGAACGGAUGAAGCAUGCGCUCAGUUCUAUCUUCAGGACAGAAAAUGGGAUCUUGAAAGAUCGGUAAACGCAUUCUUUGAAGCUACUCAGAAUGGUGGAGUAAGUUUUUUGACUGAUGGAGAUGAAGGAGAACUAGUUGUCAAUGUCAACAAAGCUAUGGUUAAUGCAUUAGGCCUCGACCAGGCUACAAGUGAGCCUCCUUCAAAGUUCAGUUUUAUUUCAUGGAACCUUGAUGGUUUGGAUGAACGCAACUUAAAGCGAAGAACCAAGGCUGUGUGCAAAAUCAUUUAUAUGGAGAAACCAGAUAUAGUAUUCUUGCAAGAGGUGAUCCAAGAAACAUUCUCCUACAUUGAAAACAAGCUGCCAGAGUACAUGUGCAUUGCUGGCAACACAGAUGGCUACUUCAUUGCCACUCUUCUCCGCAGAUUUACUGUGUAUUAUGAUUCUCACAAGAUCACGGAACAUUCUGGCUCACUGAUGAUGAGAAAUCUCCUCACUGUUGAGGCACAUAUUGGCUCCUUGAAACUUCAACUUGUCAACACACACUUGGAGAGUACCAAGGAUCAUGCAUCUGAGCGAAUAAAGCAGUUGAAAGAUUCGUUCAAGGUUGUACAAGAUUUCGCAGAAGAGAAUACAGUACUCCUAUCUGGGGACAUGAAUCUCAGAGACAAAGAGCUGGAGCUUGCAGGAGGCAUUCCACCAGGCAUUGAAGACCUAUGGAUUUCAUGUGGUUCACGUAAAGAAUGUCAAUAUACAUGGGAUAUGGUACGGAACUGCAAUAAGGAAAUGCCUGGCAGGUUCAAGCCUCGUUGUCGCUUUGACCGAGCAUACAUACGACAUUCACAUCCAAAAAGAGUUACACCAGUUCAUUUUGGUUUGGUGGGGAUAGAGAAAGUUACCAGCACUCAGUGUUUCCCAAGCGAUCACUGGGGUCUGCACAUACAUUUCAAAAUUGAAACAUCUGAUACUUGAGAUCUUCACCAUUUGAUGAAGUGGCUGGGGUGGUGGCAGUGUACAAACUGAAUAAGUAGUUUCAGAAUUUAUUUAAAAGUAAUAUAUAGAUAUAUAUAUAAAAUUACUUUAUAGCAUUCCAAAAUAUUGUGUCACAUUAAAAUUAAUAGAAUAAUUAUGCUUCCUUACCAUCAGGAAACUGAAGCCCCUCCAGAGUGGAUCCCAGCCAUCAGGACAGUCAGGCAGUUGUAUUGACUGACUAUGCACUGUAAUCACUCGAGUUGGUGCUUCACACACAGUGCACCUGUUCAGAAAGUAGCCACUUUUAUUCAGGAUUCCUUCACCUCAGAGAAUUUAUGGCUGGUUUUGCGGAAGUCUGGGAAAUAUCUGGAUUUUUAGGCUGUAAGUGUUCUGUCAUUACUUUCUUUUCCUGUGUUUACUAGUUUAGUUUCCGAACUCUGUGAGGAAGACUUAGUUCAUAGUAUCAUGUCCAUGCAUAAGUUUGUGUUUUUUUUUUAACAAUAACCUUACUGAAAGCAAUUCACACUCAUAAAAUGUAUACUGCAUCAUAUUUUACCUUGAUAUGUAUUGCCUCAGGUCGUUUGCUCCAAUUGGCGUCAUCAUUGCAGGCAUAGGAUAAUCUGUGCUCAACCAGUAACUAUAGUCAUUUCUGCUUGAGUAGUCACAAACAUUGUUGAUAUUGCAGAACAUGAAAGGCAUUGUGGAGAACCUCUGUAAACAGCUUCCAGGUGCCCCUAUGAAAUGACCACAUCAAAGACGUCAUAUAAGUAACACAAAAAAUGCUGUUUUUUUUUAAUUUGUGCCAAAGUCUAUUUUGAUUGGUUUUGCUAAUCUUUUCUCCCAAACUAAAUAAGGCAGAAGAAUAGUUGAAAAGGAAUGGUAUAAGGAAGUAUCGUACAUAUGCCAUCAUGUUUUAAGUGUUAAAGAAAUGUGGAAAGAUUUGAGUUCAUGAGUUUCCAAAGCUGAAUAUUUGUUUUUAUAAGUGUUCCAAAACUUUUAAUAUCUGACAGUAGAGAGAAUUUUUUUUCUGUACACUUUUAAUUUUAAUUAUAAAAGUGAAAAAUGGAAGAGAACAAUAUUAUUAGUUUCUUUAAUAUAAGAGCAUUUUUUGAGUUCAUAAUGUUGGUCACAGGGCACAAAAUAUAUCUCCUUAACUUCUAACCCAUAUGAGACAACAGAGAGAAUAAUAGUGCUUAAAUAAGUGGAUGAUAGAUUGCAACUUGAAAUUCUGAAUUAGCAAAAAUGGCAGCAUGCAGCAGAUGACUUUAAAUGAAACAGAUGUAAAUGUUUGUCAUCCUAGAAAAAGUAAUGGGCCAAACUUUAUAACUAUAGAAUUACAUCAGUGAAAAUGUUUGGCUGUUUAAAUUCCAAAGUCAGAAAAUAAAAUUUUAAGUGUAGGUUGA